UCUAGUGUUAUCACGUACCCAUAAAUAAAUCGACCUUCGUUACUCUUUACGUAACCACCAUGGAAAUAAUAUUCACCGGGAAGCGCGCCCUUGUCACUGGGGCCACUAAAGGAAUCGGGCGCGAUAUAGCCAUCCAGUUGGCCAAAUGUGGCGCCCAAGUGGUGGCCGUGGGACGCAACCAAACCGACCUAGCAACCCUAAAACACGAGGUACCAUCAAUCCAGAUCAUCCCUUUGGAUUUAAGUGACUGGAAUGCCACUUCCACCGCUCUAACUAACCUAGGUCCCAUUGAUCUCCUUGUUAACAACGCCGGUCUCGGCUGGCUCAAACCCAUGUCGGAAAUCACUGAAGAAGACGUCGACAGUGUUUUGGGUAUCAACACCAAAGCUCUAAUUAAUGUGACCCGGAUCGUGGUACAAAACCUCCUGUCCCGUAACGCUCCAGGUUCCAUUGUAAAUCUUUCGUCUCAAGCAUCCCUGGCUGGCUUAAUGCAUCACACUGUAUACUGUGCUUCCAAGGGCGCAGUUGACGCGUUUACAAGGGCUGCGGCUUUGGAAUUGGGUCCUUACAACAUAAGGGUCAACUGCGUCAACCCCACCGUGAUUUUGACAGACAUGGGGAAGUUGGGUUGGUCCGAUCCCAAGGUAGCCGAGCCCAUGAUCCAGAAGAUUCCUUUGAGGAGAUUCGGGGAGGUGCGCGAGGUGGUAGACGCGGUUUUGUAUUUGUUGAGCGAUAGGUCGAGUAUGGUCACUGGGACGUGUCUACCAGUGGAUGGUGGGUUUUUGGCUUGUUAAAUAAACCGACUGUGUAACUAUA